AUUUUUAUCAGUGGUCCGUCCUUCACUCAACUGAUAACGACAGACUUUUUACAGCAUCAACAUGAAGGUAUUGUUAGUUCUUGGACUAUGGCUAGUGUCGGCGCACACCAGCACGGCCCAGGUGUGUACAUUCGCCGCAUCCGCAACAGUCGCCCCGAACGAUCCUCGCCUUCCACAAGCCCUGCCACCGUCCUUUCAAGUCACCAUCGAGGGCGCUCUCAUUGAUAGGAACAUGAGCGUGGUUGCGGAGGAAUAUUUCGAUCAAGAUUCACAGCGAUCCGCCAUGAAACUCACACAGAACGGACAGAUUGAGUACGUGUACAUAAACAUGAACACGAAUGAGAGCUACCAUGUCCUUAACAAUAACUGCACCGUCAUGAACCAAGCUACGGACAUGGAUGAUGUAUUUAUCGGUGGUAAAAUGCCUGGCAACAGCAACAUGACCCACACCUAUUCAACAAGUUAUAUCCUGAAGUUUGCUCAAAAGUACGGGGAGGUUUACAAGGGGCAGACAUCGGUUAGAGGUGUCCUGUGUGAUCAUUGGCAGUCGUGCAUGUACUGGGGCUUUCUCGGCGUCAACUUCACCGUCGAUUACUACUUCUCAGUCUCCACGUGGACAAGUGCAGACGGAACAAUGCAGAUUCCUGUGAGAGCUGAGGUCCAAGGCUACAACUCCAUUGUUGGCCCGGGUGCAAUGUCAAGCUUCCAUCAUAUUUAUGAUUAUAUUAGUUUUAAAAGCUACAUUGUGGACCCGACAAAUCUAGAGACUCCAAAAGGCGUUGCAUGUGCCGGUCGGAAACACACCCGAGCGAUGCCGAAGCUGAAGACACACUACCAGUACAGGGAGGAGAUAAUAGACCAGGAUAUGAACAUGGUCGUAAAUGCCGAUGUGUAUUACGACUACAACAACAAACUCCUCCGUUUCGACAACCGUCCUAACGUAAUCAGCUACCCUUACUACAGCUACGACGCCGUCACGGAAAUACACGAUUAUAACACAGGGGUUGCCUACGUUAUUGACAAGUCCUUCCUCAACUGCUCUGUUGUUCCAAUUGAGAACGGAACGUGGGACGCAACAGUCAAUGUCUCCCGCUUGCAUCAAGCCAUCGGGAUGAAGUCUCCAGAACAGCUCUUUGACUUAGAUCCUACAUUUGCCUACUCUGGACAGCGUACAGCUCGUGGGAUCUUGUGUGACGUCUUUACUAAUGUCCGUACGGACUUCGCUGACGCUGGACUUCUAGGCAUGCCUGUAACCUUCGAAGUGUAUUUCAUGUCGAAUGACUGGAUUAGCGACAACGACGUCGGCAACAACCAGGACAGCGUGGACACUCCAGUACGGCUUGAAAUUUCGGCAGAUGACUAUUUUCUGUCGUAUGAUUUCUACAAUUUUGAUCAAGAAAACCCAGUGUUGAGUCGCUUUGACAUUUCGCCAUGCUACACCGACCAAGAUGAGAUUAACUUCGAGAUAACAUUCCCAGGGAACUAUGUUGACUUCUUACUCAACUACAAGACUAUUCUGGAAGAUCUUGUGAUUGUGAGCAUCGCCAAGACGGGAGGUCUAUCACCUAUCCGAAUACAACGUGUGGACAUGCACUGGGACAAACAGAACGCCUACUUCGUCGGAACAAUCCUUGACAUGGCCCCCGUUCUGGCCAGGUACCGGCGUUGGCCGAAUAUGGUGGCACACUUCGCAGACAGCCUUCGUGUAACAGACGUGGACGCCGCCCUCGAUUGUGCGGAGGUGUGCAACAGCCAGGAAAGAACUUGCAACAGCUUCGACCUCUGUCUAGCUACAAGAACAUGCGCCCUGAGUUGGAACUACACAUCGGUUGGAAAGGUUCUUCAAACCAGUGAGACCUGUGAUCACUUUUCGCGUGUGCUGACCGGAGCAGCUGUCCAUGAGACACCGUUAAUAAGGGCGUACAGACUUACAAGUACCGCAGUCACUUCAGGGAAGUUUGUUAUCCCAGUGCAGCUUCCCACUGUUGGCAUCAAUCAGACAUUUACAGCUAAAAGCAUAAGACAGCGAAGUUACAAUGCAACAACACCGGGAGCCACGCCUCGACCAGCCGUCACACAAAACACAACCCCUGGACAGCAGACACCACAGCCAACCUCUGCACAAAAGACACCACAGCCAACCUCUGCACAAAAGACACCACAGCCAACCUCUGCACAAAAGACACCACAGCCAACCUCUGCACAAAAGACACCACAGCCAACCUCUGCACAAAAGACAACACAGCCAAACCCUGGACACCAGACACCACAGCCAAACCCUGGACACCAGACACCACAGCCAAACCCUGGACACCAGACACAACAGCCAAACCCUGGACACCAGACACCACAGCCAAACCCUGGACACCAGACACCGAAUCAAGGAAAGAACCCGACGACACCAGUCAGUUGUACCAACGUCGCAUCCCAACAAAAGUCGUCGAGCAACGCAGGGGCAUUCGUGGGAGUUGCUUUAGCCAUGUUGGUUGUGGGCGGCAUCAUCGGUGUCGCAGUCAUGAUGUUUCUCCAGCGACGGCAGCAGAAAAAAGACAACCUUCGAGUUGCCUUAGUCAACAAAACCUUCGACGACAGCUAAAACUCUUAAACAAUUGAUUUGGAAAUAGAUUACUCUGAACAAUUCUUAUGGUGUAAAUAUUUCAAUGUCUGUAUCCAGAUAAUUAUAUUUAAUCAUUGGUGGUGAAAUGUGACUUCUUUAUUGUUUUGUUAUUAAUCAUAUAUGGUUGUGUUCAUGUUUCGUAUAUCAAACUCAAUAUUCUGUUUACUUUGAAAAAAGGCAAAUAAAGAUAAAGGCAUAUACAGCAAACUUUGUGUCGAACUUUGAUGUGUCGAACUUAUGGUUAUCUCGAAGUAAAAGCUUGGUCCCUGCGUACACCUUAUUUAUUAUAAUUUCCGGUUGUGUCGAAUCUCGAAGUAUUAACGUAGGUCCCUUCAACUUCGACACAGCGGUGUUUGACUGCAUGUGUUGUUGUUUGGAAUUACGCGUGUAUCACGAGAUAUUUCAAGGGGCGGUUACGUAUACUCGAAAACUUCUAUUAAACAAGGAUCUUGUAGCAUGGACCUGCCAUCGAAUUUCAAUUCACGUGACCACGCAUGACAGUUGCGACCCGGAUGUCCGUCGAAUUAAAGCACGUCCGUUUCAUAUGGCAAUCCAUUUGUAUGGACAGACAGGGCGGUUUUCGUCAACUCGUAAACCAACUCGAAAUUCCAUUAAACACUAACACCUUUUAGCAGUGGUCCAUAAACAUGCUUUAAUAAAGUGGGAAUCGUACA